GAGCCUCUGAGCCGGAGGUUUUGUUGUGAGGGUCGGUUGUCAAGCAGCGGCCAAUCAGGCCAGGGGAUGGAGGCAAGUGGGGGUCGCGCCUGGAGCGGAGCCUCGGCCUCCCGAGCCGCAGCUGCAGCCCAGUGUUGAGCUGAGAUGGCUCAAGCCUGACAUUCCAUGACCGAGGAUCCCAACAGUCACGCACGGGCUGCUGCUGUGGAUGAUUUAAAACCACGAGGUGGUCCGGGGCUGGAAGACGAAGCAUUCCCUCUGCCUGGAUGUGUGGAAACUCCCUGCCAACUUGAUUGGCGGAUCUGGGGGGGAUCCACCCCCACCCCACAAGGAAAGCACAGUCUACUGUGGGUGAAACUUCAGGUGCCAGCCAGCUGAAGGAUGGCCACCCCUGUGGUCACCAAGACGGCCUGGAAGUUACAGGAGAUCGUGGCCCAUGCCAGCAACGUGUCCUCGCUGGUGCUGGGCAAAGCCUCGGGCCGGCUGCUGGCCACAGGCGGGGAUGACUGCCGUGUCAACCUGUGGUCCAUCAACAAGCCCAACUGCAUCAUGAGCCUGACGGGUCACACGUCCCCAGUGGAGAGCGUACGUCUCAACACCCCCGAGGAGCUCAUUGUGGCCGGUUCCCAGUCGGGCUCCAUCCGCGUCUGGGACCUGGAAGCUGCCAAAAUCCUUCGCACACUUAUGGGACACAAAGCCAACAUCUGCAGCCUGGAUUUCCACCCGUAUGGCGAGUUUGUGGCCUCGGGUUCCCAGGACACGAACAUCAAGCUCUGGGACAUCAGGAGGAAAGGCUGUGUCUUCCGAUACAGGGGGCACAGCCAGGCCGUGCGGUGUCUCCGGUUCAGCCCCGACGGGAAGUGGCUGGCGUCGGCCGCAGAUGACCACACGGUGAAGCUCUGGGAUCUGACUGCUGGCAAGAUGAUGUCCGAGUUCCCUGGCCACACGGGGCCUGUCAACGUGGUGGAGUUCCACCCCAAUGAGUACCUCCUGGCUUCUGGCAGCUCUGACAGGACCAUCCGUUUCUGGGAUCUGGAGAAAUUCCAGGUGGUGAGCUGUAUCGAAGGGGAGCCAGGGCCUGUCAGGAGCGUCCUCUUCAACCCCGAUGGCUGCUGCCUGUAUAGUGGCUGCCAGGACUCACUGCGCGUCUACGGCUGGGAGCCCGAGCGCUGCUUUGAUGUGGUCCUUGUCAACUGGGGCAAGGUGGCCGACCUGGCCAUCUGCAAUGACCAGCUGAUAGGCGUGGCCUUCUCCCAGAGCAGCGUCUCCUCUUACGUGGUGGACCUGACGCGGGUCACCAGGACGGGCACGGUAGCCCCGGACCCCAUGCAGGACAGCCAGCCCCCGGCGCAGCAGCCGCCAAACCCCAGCGCCCCGCUUCGGCGCAUCUACGAGCGGCCCAGCGCCACUGGCAGUGAGCCUCAGAGGGUGAAGCAGAACUCAGAGAGCGAGCGCCGCAGCCCCAGCAGCGAGGAUGACCGGGAUGAGCGGGAGUCUCGGGCGGAGAUCCAGAACGCUGAGGACUACAACGAGAUCUUCCAGCCCAAGAACAGCAUCAGUCGGACGCCACCCCGAAGAAGUGAGCCCUUCCCAGCACCCCCGGAGGAUGACAUGGCCACAGCCAAGGAGGUAGCAAAGCCCAGCCCAGCCAUGGACGUGCAGUUCCUGGUGCCAAAACCCGAGGUCCUGUCCCGGCCCCCGGUCAUCACUUCCACCCCUGCACCCAAGGCUGAGUCUGCCAUCAUCCCUGCCACCCGGAACGAGCCCAUCGGACUGAAGGCCUCCGACUUCCUGCCUGCUGUGAAGAUCCCCCAGCAGGCAGAGCUGGUCGACGAGGAUGCCAUGUCACAGAUCCGCAAGGGCCAUGACACCAUGUGUGUUGUGCUCACCAGCCGCCACAAGAACCUGGACACCGUGCGGGCCGUGUGGACCACGGGUGACAUCAAGACGUCGGUGGACUCGGCCGUGGCCAUCAAUGACCUGUCCGUGGUCGUGGACCUCCUUAACAUUGUCAACCAGAAAGCCUCCCUGUGGAAGCUGGACCUGUGCACCACCGUCCUGCCACAGAUCGAGAAGCUUCUGCAGAGCAAGUAUGAGAGCUAUGUCCAGACGGGCUGCACCUCUCUGAAGCUGAUCCUGCAGCGGUUCCUGCCCCUUAUCACAGACAUGCUGGCGGCCCCGCCCACCGUGGGUGUGGACAUCAGCCGGGAGGAGAGGCUGCACAAGUGCCGGGUCUGCUACAAGCAGCUUAGGAGCAUCAGUGGCCUCGUCAAGAGCAAGUCGGGCUUGAGCGGCCGCCACGGCAGUGCCUUCCGCGAACUGCACCUGCUCAUGGCCACUUUGGACUGAGGAGCCCAGAGGGUGUUGUUGGCACCCUGAGGCCUGGCCUCGGCCCCCCCACUCCUGUUCCCUGUGCGCCCACCAGCCCAUGAGCCUCUGCCCGGCCCCCACUGCUGCCCUGCAGCCAUCCUAGAGGCGGUGGCGCUGGCCCACUGGCCACCUCCACAGCCCUAAACUGACAACUUCUCUCCAGAAACAGCUGCCCAGCUUUGUCCGACUCCUGGUUCCUGGGGCAGCGAACCGAGCCCUGGGGCUGCUGCUGUAAUUUAUAAGGUGAAUUUUAUUAAAUUUGUAACUAUUCCCUGCUUUCCUUGCUGGGAGGUGCAGCCUCUGGCCACAAGGCUCUCCUGGGCCCCAUAUUGCCUGCCUGGCUCUUCAGAGAUGAGACCCCCUCCUUCUCCAAGACCCAGAGGCGGUGCACCAGGCAGCGUGGCCAGCAGGGGGCAGCAGAGCGAUGGGCCGGCGGGAAGGGGUAAGUUCAGACUUGCUCUGGGGAGAAGAGGGACCCAGCAACUCCCCCUUUCACGGCUAGGAGAAACAGGUGAGGAGUGGGCUCAUCAGCUCAUCCCCCCUGUCUCAGCCACACUCCCAGCUGUCCUGUGGAUGCCUCCAAGGCCAGCAGGUGUACACUGCAGGGGGCCAGGACCCCAGCCUUGCAUGCAUGGCCACCACUAGGCUAACCCAGGGCCCACCACCUUCCCCCAUCCCCCCAGGAGGCCUCCAGGGACAGGACCGGAAGGGCAGCUGCCCCAUCCUCCAAACACCUUUCGCUCCCUGCAGGAGCCCCCAGUGCUGGCUGGCCGGAACAGUUCCCCUGACCCAGUGGUCAUCCCUUAUGCUCCUGAGGCGGGUUCCGCCCCAGUUUGGUGGGAGGGCCUCACUGAGCCCUGCCCAUGUUUCCCCAAGGCUGGGACCGGGUGCAGGCCAGCACAACCUGCACCCCCGUGGUGGGGAGCAGCAGGGGUGGCACUGCCCUGGUGGGUGGGGUGCUGUCGGCAGAGGGGUGUGGCACUCACCUGUGGCCAGUUCACUUAAGGGGGCAAGACCAGGGCAGAGGGCAGGCGGUGGAGUGGGGCCCACUCCGGCUGGGUUUUGGGCAAGCCUUUGGAGAGCUUGAGUUUCCCAUCUGUAAGAUGGAGGUGACAGGACUGUUGUAUGGGUCAGUCAUGAUAAGGAUGGGGGCGGGGGGAGGUGGCCCCUCCUAGUCAGGAAUGUUCAGAAAAACAUGAUCCUGACUUGGUGCCUGGCCAGCAGUGGGGAGCCAAUGGCACGUGCCAGUGCCCUGCUUGCCCCCUUGUGACCUCACCAGGGGUUCACGAGACCAACUCUUCCAGACAAUGCUUGUGUAAAAAGGUUAUUUUAAUAAGUAA